AUGGCUACGACUCUCAGCAUAGAUGGCCCGAGUACGAUCUUGCCUACAACUCCCUACACGCCUGUACCAGAGAAUAUCGACGUUCCCGGCCUAAAGACGGCAAAAGCAGCACUGCCGAGUCCUCUAGAGCCCGUGGUAGUUGAUAAGCCCGACAUAGAGCAUGUGCAUGUACAAGACGAUCCCAGGAAAUGGUCCCCAUCACGCAAGGCUGUGAUCCUUUCUAUAAUUGCAGGCGCAUCUUUGAUUCAAGGCUUGGCCACGAAUAUCUAUAAUCCCGGUAUCGAGCUGAUAAAGGCUGAGCUCCAUGCUACGAGUGGACAGAUCUCCCUCAGCCUCGCGUUGUUCAUCCUCAUCCAAGGCACUGUGCCUCUGCUAUGGAGUGUCAUCAGCGAAAUCAAAGGCAGAAAGAUUGUGUAUAUCACGUCGAUUACCAUCGCAGUCGUGGGUUGUAUAGUUGCAGCUUUAGCUAAGACUAUACAGAUCCUCAUCGGAAUGAGGUGUCUUCAAGCGGUCGGGUCAAGUGCAGUGAUGGCAAUCGGUGCUGCGACGCUAGCCGAUAUUUACGACCAAGCCGAGCGCGGGACCAUGAUGGGCAUCUACUAUGCCGCACCGCUCCUGGGACCCUCCCUUGGGCCUAUCCUCGGCGGCGUGCUCACGCAGUUCUUAUCCUGGCGUGCGACGUUCUGGUUCUUAGCCAUCUUCAUGGGCUGCUGCCUCGUCGCCUUUCUGUUCUUCUUCCGCGACACGUUCCGCAUGGAGCGGAGCUUGUUGUAUCAGACAGUACUGAAAAGCGUCAAGGAACAUCAGCACGAGAAGGAGCUUAUCGCAUCAAGGCGGUCGAGCAUGGCGACGCUGCGCUCAGGGAAGAGCAUGCCUGCACCUGACCUCGAAGCUGCUGAAGAGCAAAAGGAGAAGGAAGUUGUGACCGCUCCUGCCGCACCGGCCCACGAGGUCAAGCUUUCUCUCAAAGAUGUGAAUCCAUUCCCGCCUCUUGUCCUCAUACUGCGGCGAUGGAACAACCUUGCUAUCCUCUCCGCGUCUGGCUUCAUUUCCGGGUUUAGCAACUGCAUCUCGUACACCUGUGUACUGACGCUCGAAGAGAAAUACAACUACGACGCCUUGAAGACCGGACUUGUCCUCCUCUCAUAUGGCGUCGGCUGCAUCUCCGGCAGCAUCCUGGGCGGCCGCUGGUCCGACCACGUCCUCAGAAAACUCAAAGCACAGGGCUUACACACCGUCCCCGAGAUGCGUCUCCAAAGCACGAAAGCUGUCAUGCUGUUCCUGCCCCUCCCCGUCAUCGCCUACGCCUGGCUCGCCGAAAAUCACACGCACAUCGCCUCGAUCUGCGUCGCGCUCUUCUUCUCCGGCUUUUUCACCAUCUGGAUCUACUCGAGCACCCUCUCCUACGUCGUAGACGCCAACGUCGGCCGCUCCUCCUCCGCCGUCGCAGCCAACAGCUGCGUGCGCGGCCUCUUCGCUUUCACCUUCGCCGAAGUCGCCGUCCCUCUCCAGAACAAGAUCGGCGACGGCGGGCUCUACAGCCUCUGGACGGGCCUCCUCAUCAUCUGUGAGUUGCUCAUCCUCCUCGUGUUGUACAAGGGCGGGCACUGGCGCGAACAGGCCGAGGCGCGCGAGGCGAGGAACUCCUGA